AUGUCCGGCAAUGGCAAAUACCUCAUCACCGGCGGCCUUGUCGUCACCCUCGACGAUAGCCUUGGGGAUUAUGAAAACGGUGCGAUUCUCAUCGAAGACGGCGUCAUCAAAGCCGUAGGCAGGGCAGAAGAUAUCAGCGCACCUGGAGCCGAAGUCAUUGAUGCCAGCGAAGGCGUCGUCAUCCCUGGCUUCGUAGACUCGCACCGCCAUCUCGCCAUGAGUCUCAUGCGUGGCAUCUCCAUUGACCAAAACAUCUGGCCCUUUCUCAUCGAUGUCUUCACCCGCUUCUGCCCAGCCAUCAGUGUUGAAGACAUGCACAUGGCCGGACUCAUUGGCGGUCUCGAGGCCAUUGAAAGCGGCACCACCACCAUCAUGAACCCCUCAGACUCCAUGAACUCGGUCGCGCACGCGGCCGCUGAACUGCAAGGACUCCGUGAAUCUGGGAUCCGGGGCUACCACUGCUACGGCAUGGGAGGAGGUCCCUACGGCGACGUCGCUGCCGGGAAACCCGGCUGGGAGGCUCGAAUGCAGCAUGCCAAACAGCUCAUCGAGGAGGACUCGGCCAGCAAUCUCCUCCGCGUUGGCGUCCACCUCAGCAUGUCCAGCACCGUCCCCUUCUCCUGGAUCAAAGAUGAAAUCCAAUUCGCCCAUGCCCUCUCCGCCUUCACCGUCUCGCACUCGAGCACCCUCCGCGGCACCGAUUUCACACGGGACCUCGAGAUCCGCGCAGACAUGGACGUCAUGCUACCCGGCCACCUCUACAUCCACUGCACCAACGUCCUCGACCACGAAAUGGCCUCCAUCGCCGCCACCCGCGGCGCCCUCGCCCUCACCCCAGACCCCAAUAUCCAAACGGGCAUGGGCUACCCGCCCCUGCGCCAGGCCCUCGCCCACGGCCUCCACCCCGCCCUCAGCACCGACAGCUCCUGCACGACGCCGCCGGACAUGAUGUCAGCCAUGCGCCUUCAACUCGCGACCCAGCGCAGUCUCGACCACGCCGCCGUCCACAGCACAGGCAACAUCUCGUCCACCACCGAACUCGUCGCCCGCGACGCCCUGAUCUGGGGCACACGCAACGGCGCCGCCGCCCUCGGGCUCGCCGACAAAAUCGGCACUCUGACCCCCGGUAAACGCGCCGACAUCGUCGUCAUCACCAACAAACGGCGUCUCUCGGCCACGGCGAAUCCCCUCGGCACAGCCGUCAUGCACGCGUCGACUGCGGAUGUGGAUCUCGUCAUGGUAGACGGCAAGAUUAGGAAGCGGGAUGGGCAGCUUGUUGGCAUCGAUGUUGCGGAUGUGAAGGCGAGGGCGCGACAGGCGUGGGCGAGGAUACGUGCCAAGAUGGAGAAUCUGAAGUCGGACACGGGGCCGGAGGCGCUGCAGGAGUUUAUACGCCAGACAGAGAGGAAUCAUCGGGUUAAUACGGCGGAUGCGUACCGGUAG